UUCUCAGGCGAAGAUGAAGACGACGAGCAGCACUUGUUAACUGAUCAGUGGAUAGCCUUCUGUAGCUUUCAUUUGGGGGACUAUCAACAGGCGCUACAACAAUACAAAAGCAUAAGAAAUGUUGAGCCUGCGACGGAGGACAUAGCGCUCAACAUUGCCGUUUGUAUGUUCUAUUUGGGAAUGUAUGAAGAGGCACAUCGAUUGAUUGAACAGACACCGAAUACACCCCUGAAGGUGCGUCUACUCUUUCAUCUGGCGCAAAAAUUCGGCAAUGAGGCACAGGUGACGCAAUUGCAAGCUUCACUGCGGGUAGAUGUGGAAGAUCAGUUAAGUCUGGCAUCGAUGCAUUAUUUACGAGCACACUAUCAAGAUGCAAUCGAUAUAUAUAAACGAUUGCUGUUGGAUAAUAAAGACUACUUGGCCAUCAAUGUCUACUUGGCAUUGUGCUUCUACAAGCUGGACUACUAUGACAUGUCACAAGAGGUGCUCGACGUAUAUCUGACUAAGCAUAAAGACAGCACCAUUGCCACUAAUCUGAAAGCGUGCAAUCGUUUUCGACUGUUUAAUGGACGCGUAGCCGAACAGGAGAUACAAAAUAUUGCNGAGCAAUGCAAACAUUUCUGGCACUCUUGA